GUGCCAUUUGUGUCAAAGGAAAGUCUGAGAGCAGUGGUGCAAAGAGAUCCAUGUAUUUUCUGUUCCCAAGCAGCAGUGAGAGCACACCUAUUUGACAUCACAAAGGCAUAGGUGACAAAGACAGAGGCACAGACAUCAUUAUCAUCCAUUCCACAACAGGUGUGAGAGCAUGAACAUGCAUCAGAGAGAAGUGUAAGGGGAGAGACUCAAAGAGAGGGACAGACUGAAGGUGAGACGAGGCUGAAAGCAUGACAACGCCUCCUAUACCCCCCAGGAAGUCAUUCUUGGUGAAGUCGUCUACAGUCAUCGGGUCCUAUGACCUACCAUCCUUACAGGAGGAUUCAGACAACCAAGAGGAAAACGCAUCAACGAAUGAUAGGGACAAUGGACGCCUAUGGAAUAGCCAGACACCAGGGGCUGCAAUGUCAAGAAGCCAGUCUCCCUUUCGGCCAAACUUUGUGACUGCUAGUGACCGGAGGCCUCAGAUGUCAGAGCCCCAGACCUCCAAUCAGACUGGCUCCCUAACGGACUAUCAGAGCCCCCGUUUGAGCCCCUGUCCUGUUCGCCGCCCUCCAGUUCCUCCCAAGACCCAUGGCACUCUUCUAAGCCCCUCUCCAACUGCAAGCGGGGACUAUAACAAUGUUGAUCGAUCUAAACUUGGAAUGACUGAGAAGGCCUUAGAUGUGUAUGGCAAAAAUAAGCCCUCCCCUCCUCCUCUCCCAAGGCCUGUGAGACCCCCUCGGUCCCCCAUGAUGUCCCGCUCCUCUUCAGAGUAUGAGAGGACUCUACCUGAAAUGCACCUAUUACAACCUCAGGAUUCCAUAGAACGAAAGCACAGUCAAUCCCCUCGCCCUGCUCGACCCCCAGCUCGACCCAAAUCUGAAACCCAGUCCUUGUAUGGGGGCUAUGACGUCAAUAGAUCCCAGAGUCCGAGGCCCUCAAACACAGACAAUAAGAGGUCGCCUCACCCUUCACGGCCCCCACCACGGCCAGGAGGGCCCCCCUCCCACACCCUGUCCCGUUCCCCCUCAGGGAUCGAAACAACGACCACACAACUCCAACCUCUGCUGCAGGUGAGAGCAGUACAUGCCCCUUGUCUCCAACUGGUGCUGACAGAAGCACAAACACAUACGCACGUGGUGCAGUUCAAAGGAUAUAGUACAACAUGUAUUUACUGUGAUAUGCUGUCAUUGCUUUCAUCUGAGGUGAAACCAAUACAGUACCUGUGUGACAGAGAAGUGUUCACAAUGAAAUGUGUGAAAUCUCUAUUUUAUGUUCCUUCCUUCCUGAAACUCAAAAAGUCCCCUCAUGGUUAUGAAAUGUACUUGUGUCUUGUUGAUUUGUUGUUAUUGUUCACAUGUGAAAAUAUGUGUUUUUGGAACACUUCACCUGUGACAUUUCAUAAGUGAAAUUCCCGAGACCACAUUUACACAUGUUGUCACGUGUUUAGUUUCAUGUUAUUACAUGUUGCUUUACUUUCUGUCACGGAAAAACGACCUGAAUUUCACAUGAUCAACUUAACUUAAACACUUGAUCAUGUGAAAUUCAGGUUGUUUUUCCAUAAGGGUAAGGACCAUGAUAGGAUGUUUUUAAGAUGUUCUCAAGACAUUUGUUUUAUCAGUCGUCCGUAUGUCACGAUGGUUCCAGAUGGCCCCAAACCAUUAUAAUAAAGUAAUGAUAUGGUGGUUUUAUUAGUAAGUGGUACGUUGUUGAGCUGAAAUAUGACCCCACCUGGGAUUUGAACUCACAACCUCUGGAUUUGAGGUGAGCUGAUCUUUCUGCGGCACCAUAAUGUCUGUAGCAUUGCCCUUCACAUUAAUGACUUAUAAUAAGUCUCUGCACUUAGCAAAAGAGUGCCAUUUGACCUGCUAUUUUACUGAAUCUGACUAUUGUCUCAUCAUUGAUUUAAUUUAUUUCUCUCAACAAUUUGAGAUUUUACUGUUGUCUAAUCUUCAUGGGGCAUAUUAUUGUGUUUAAAAGUUACUCCGGAAUCACUAUGCUAAAUAUAAUAGUUUAUAUUGAGUGUAUUAUACAAAGCUGAGAUUUACUAUGAAUUCCAAAAUGUAGUAAUGCAGGUGAAAUCAGUUAUUGACACAGAUGUGGUGGAGUAGCAUAAAGAUCAUAAUGCCGUGAACCAAGAGGUUGUGAGUUCAAAUCCCAGAUGAGGACACUGAAUAAUAAUUACAGGAAAAAAAAAUGGAUGCAUAAAAGUGACUGCUGAAUGACUAAAAUAUAAAUCAACAUACACAAUGUGUGUAAAAGAAGUAAGUUGAAAAUCACUGGGUGUGUAUCAUAAUGACUAAUUUGGGUUUUCACAAAAAGGAGAUCUUCCACAUGUGAAACCAUGUGUUUUUUUCCGUAAGGGAAGGCUAUGAUACUAUGAUGAAGUUGCAGCAAUAGAGUUGCUUGUGUCUGUGAAACAAAACUAAAUUCAUUCCAUAGCCCACCAACGCAAAAGGAGGAUCUCCGCCUGCUCGUCCUCAACUCCCGCCCCCACCCUCGUUCACCCCCCACCACCACC